AAUUCUUUUCUAUAGACACAACCAUAUGAAUUUUAAGCCGACCCUGAUUACAUGGGUCCGUCCACACAAGAAGUGAGUAUUCUUGGCAAGCUCUUCAUGAUGCACUUUCAGGGGCCACCAAUUAUCAUUCGUGAAAUAAUAAUACUCCAUAAAUAUUAGUGUAAAGACGAAUCCAAUCCUGAAGAAGUUGUAGGACCAUGAUUAACUCAGGUUUUUAGGGUGGAUUCUUAGCUUCGGAUAAGAGAACUGUUUCUUAGCUUUUCUUAGUUUUUAACUAAGAAAAACUAAAAACCGUCUCUUAAAGAAUCAAGCUCUUUACUUUUAUUGUGGAUAAUUAAUCCAGUAAGCAAGUUCUCUUACAUUUUUUUUUUUACACUUUUCUAAAUUAUCAUCUGCUAAAUUAUCUUCUCCAUUUUUGUACAAUGUCUAAUCAUUUUAUUGUGGAUAAUUAAUCCAGUAAGCAAGCUCUCUUACUUUUUUUUUCCUCAAAUUUAUUUAUAUUAAAGGGAUAGAUCCAAGGCCAAAUCCAAAUUACAACACAUUUGUUUGCUACCAACAGUCUAGGAUCCACCACAAGGAUCACACUAAGUAUAACCAAAAAAAUACAAUGGACUACACUUCAGGCUACACAAUAGAUGUUUAAACUUUCUCAAAGGAAAUCAAUGUCAAGAGCCAUCCAGGAGCACUCGUAGCCACAUAGGAUUGAUUCCAUUGGAUUGUCGUCGCACUUUCCGCCAUCAGAUAAGCACAUCUAUUAGAGCUUCUAGAUUCAAGUUUGCUUUUCCAACAAUCAAACUUACCCAAGAAAUUUUUCAGUUCAAGAUAAACUGAAGUAAAGGAAGGCCAAGCUUUUGGUCUUUCGAUGACUUUCAUCAAAACAACAUCCUCUCCUGCCAAUAUAAUUUUGUCAAAACGAUGAGCAGCCAUACAAUCUAGGGUCCAGACUAAGGCUUGCAGCUUAGCUUCCUUAAAAGACGAGAUCCCAGAAAAGUAUCUCCCACUAUGCAACAAGGAUUCACUGGUACUGUCCCUGACAAUCCACGCUGCACCCACAAUAUGGUGCUUCUUAACCCACUUUACUCCAAAAUUACAUUUCACCCAAUUAUCAGGAGGUUUGGACCACUUCCUCUUCUGAUUCCUUACAGAUUCUUCAUCUCUUUGUUCACCCUCCCUAUCCAACUGUUAAGCCAAAAACCAAGUCGAAACUUCAUCCAACAUUUUGUCUACAAUUUCCACAGGCCCAUCUUCUUUCGCUUCAAACAUAAAUUUGUUUCUGUUCUUCCAGAUAAGCCACAUAAUCCAAGGGUAACAUCUUCUGAUUUUCAAAAGAACUCUAAUGUUCUUACUCAUUUGAAUAAGAUAGUUGAAGUUCACGUACAGAGAUUCCUGAUGAAAACCGUUUUUGGGUGCCGGAAAAUUAGAUAGAGCCAACUUGUCGUGCUACUUUACAAGUAAACAAGACAUGGUUUGGAGUUUCCUCUUGUGUACCACAAUGUUGGCAUAGCAUAUCUACUUUCAUUCCUCUACCCGACAUAGAAUUCGCUACAAGUAUUGCAUUCGACAGAGUUUUCCACAUAAAAGCUUGGAUUUUAGGAGCAGUGAAAGAGUUCCAGAUAGCUUCUUUAAGACAAUUUAUCGACGGUUGCAUUGUUGCUUCUUGGAAAACAUUCCUCAAUCUUGAUCUAGAAGCCAGCCAAUUACCUGAUCUGGCAGUAUACUCUCCACUUUUGUUAUGCUUCCAACACCAGAAAUUAUCAUAUGCCACAGCCAUUUCAAGCUAGCAAGCUCUCUUACAUCGACUAUCUUUUCCUGCUGAAAUGUUUUCCAACUUCCAAAUUAUGUUUUUUUUUCUGCUUCCGAAAAAAUGAAAAUCUUUACAAAAAAUAAAAUAUUUUCAUAUUUUAAAAUAUGGAAGAAUCUAACAUAAAUUUCGAGUACAUUGAUCUAUACAAGGGAUUUGUAAACUUGGAAGAGAAAGUACAUUGAUCUAUAAAAGGGAUUUGUAAACUUAGAAGAGAAAGAUUUACUAUUAUUCACUAUUGACUAUAGAACCAUGCAGGUAGAACGAGGGUUUACGGAUCAAUUUGUUGUACACUUACUCUAUUAUCAAUAAACAUUAUCUUUGAACUAUUUGUUUAGUUUUACUAUUUUUCAUGUUGUACACUUGCUGGUGUAUUUUUUAAAAAAAAAUUCGUGCUUUUCUUCUUGUAACUUUAAAAGAAAAACCAACAAUUUAAAAACGAAAGUCUUCUUAAAAAAAUUAUCAAAAACAAAAAAGUAUUCAUCAUUUAUAACAUAAGAAACAGUUAAAAAAUCAAUACUUAUAGCAAAAUCUAUUCCGAUCUUAUUCAACAAAAAGAAAACUGAUAACAUAAAAAAGGAGGAAUAAGCACAUUUUGUUUUACACGGUAAUUGAAAAUGCUUUAUUGAAAAUGCAGAGACUUUUUUUUUUUUUUUUUGGUCAAAUGCAGAGACUAAUGAGGAAAAAAACAAAGAAUAAAUGAGAGAACUUCAAGACAGGGUUUAGUUUCCGUCCAACAAUAUACCACCACAUCAUCACUUUUGUCCUUUACCAUCUCAUCACACGCUUCCGUUAUUCGUCCUUCCCACACAGUCAUCUACCACGUCAUCAUUUCCAAUUGAAACCGCCAAAAAUAUCAAAAACACAAACCUUUACCCGAAGCAAAGUAGCAGCUGCUCCUCUCGCAUUAAUACUCAUAUGCUCUCCAUGUUGAAGCAAAAACGCAAACCGUUAUUCGUGUUCUUAAGAAGAAAAAAAAAUCAAGAAAAAUGUCAAAAGAAGCUGAGAUGUCCAUCGCUGUAUCGGCCUUGUUCCCUGGGUUCAGAUUCUCUCCGACCGAUGUGGAACUCAUCUCGUAUUACCUCCGUCGUAAAAUCGAAGGUGACGAAAACUCUGUCGCAGUGAUCGCCGAGGUCGAGAUUUACAAGUUCGAGCCGUGGGACUUGCCAGGAGAAUCCAAGUUGAAAUCGGAGAACGAGUGGUUUUACUUCUGUGCUAGGGGAAGAAAAUAUCCACACGGGUCACAGAGCCGGCGAGCUACAGAGCUAGGAUACUGGAAAGCUACUGGUAAAGAGCGGAGCGUGAAAGCUGGGAACCAAAUAGUUGGAACCAAGAGGACACUCGUCUUUCACAUCGGUCGGGCUCCUCGGGGUGAAAGAACAGAGUGGAUUAUGCAUGAAUAUUGUAUCCACGGUGCAUCUCAAGACGCGUUAGUGGUGUGCCGGUUAAGGAAAAAUGCUGAUUUUCGAGCUAGUUCGAGCCAGAGACAAAUGGAGGAUGGUCUAGUGCAAGACGAUGACUACGUUGGUCAAACCGGUGGGUCUGAGAGGGAGAAGAAAUCUUAUUUGGUUGAUGAACCUGAGCAGCUUCAGAUAUCAAAUGGUGACAUAGCAGAAUCAUCAAACGUUGUUGAGUAUCAGGAUGACACCAACGAUGAUUGCUACGCCGAGAUUCUGAACGAUGAUAUAAUAAAGCUGGACGAGGAGGCGGUGAAAGCAAACCAAGCAUUUCGUACAAAUUAUCCGACACAACAAGAAACAAUAUUCACCGAGGCAUCAUCUAGUAAGCAGAUGUCAGAAUGUGGUACGAAGAAAGAAUCAAAGCAAACAAUGAAUAGUUACGCUUUGUUCAGGAUCAGGAACGACAGCACUGCCUCCUCCUCUGGCUGGAGAAUUCCGAAUCCUUUAACCCAUAUCAAGAAAGAUGAUACCCAAAGAGUGACAAAGAAUGUUUUGGCUACUACUGUUUUCUUGACUAUAUUAAUGUCUGUCCUUUUUACUGUCCUAACAGGUAGGGACAGGGACUGAGUCUUAUUCUAACUCAGACCUAUGUGUACUUGUAAUACGGAAACUUAAUACUUUAGUAGUAACUUGUAACUAAACUUGUUUUGUAUGUUUUUCUUUCCUCUACUUUUUGGGGGACCGAGUUAUUAAUUUUAGUGUUUGUAGAUA